AUGACCGAUUCAGCAAUGAGUCCUACCGGUGCACGCAUCCGUCUUCUCCAGCGCCUGCCGGGCGGGGAAAUUCGGCUAGCUGGGCCCUUCACUGACGGCAGUGUUCCUGCCUAUGCGAUCUUGUCGCAUCGAUGGGAGAGUAAUGCCGAGCAAGAAGUGAGCUAUCAGGACAUGAUACAGGGCUUGGGUCGUGAGAAGAAGGGAUUCCAGAAGCUCAGGUUCUGUGCUGAGCAAGCUUCCGAGGACCAGCUCGAGCACUUCUGGAUCGACACCUGCUGCAUAAACAAGUUACUCCAUGGCGAGCAUCAAGCGGCGAUGAACUCCAUGUUCCGGUGGUACCAACGCGCGACGAAAUGCUACGUCUAUCUUGCGGACGUGUCGGUCGGUGAGCAGAACACUACAGGCCAAAGCGAACGUACCUGGCAAUCUUCCUUCCAAGCGAGUCAAUGGUUCCUCCGAGGAUGGACGCUGCAAGAACUCUUAGCACCUCGGAUCGUCGAGUUCUUCUCGCAGGAUGGCGUGAAACUCGGCGACAAGGAGACCCUUCAAGACGUUAUUCACGAUGUUACAGGCAUCUCCGUAGAUGCGCUACAAGGAAGGCGAUUAACCAGCUUCAGAAAGGAGGAGCGAUUGGCCUGGAUGGAGCGCCGUACGACUAAGUUCGAAGAGGACAAAGUGUAUGCGCUGCUAGGCAUCUUCGAAGUCGAACUAGUUAUCCACUACGGACAAGGAUGGGCCAGCACGAUGGCAAAGCUGGAAGAGGCCAUCAAUGUCCAAACAAGUGUUAUGCGAGACCUACGAAUCACACAUCCGCGGGACGAUAAAUCCCGCAUCGAGAAAGACAAAGGUGGCUUGCUAGCGGGAGUGUGCGACUGGAUCUUCGACCAUCGAGACUUCCAGCGCUGGCGUGAGACUGCCGACUGCCAGUCCUUGUGGAUUAGAGGUGACCCGGGAAAAGGGAAGACGAUGCUUAUCUGUAGUAUUGUCGAUGAGCUUACAAGGACCGAGCGACAGCGAUAUCAGUUAUGCUACUUCUUCUGCCAAGCAACAGAUACGCGAAUCAACAGCGCCGUUGCCGUCUUGCGCGGACUUCUUUACAUGCUCGUCGACCAACAGCCUUCAUUAAUACGACACAUUGAGAAACAGCAUCAUCAGGCCGGCCGGACAUUGUUUGAGGACGUGAACAAUUGGAUCGUUCUGACGAAGCUAUUUUCUGACAUUCUCCAAGAUCCACAGUUGAACAGCACGAUUUUCAUUAUUGACGCGUUAGAUGAGUGCUCAUCGCAGCUGACAGACCUCCUGCAUUACAUCGCUUCGGUCUCAGCACGGUCGCCUCGCGUGAAAUGGUUAUACUCUAGCCGUGAUUGGCCGACAAUUGAGGAGACCCUAUCCAAAGCGCAGCAGAUGCUGCAUUUACAGCUAGAACUGAAUGCAAGAACGAUAGCGGCUGGCGUCCGCAUAUUCAGUGAGCAGAAAGUGCGUCAACUCGCCAUAGAAAAAGGCUACAGCGAAUCUCUUCAGCAGGAAGUCCUCCAAUACUUCCAAGAUAACGCAGGCGAUACAUUUCUAUGGGUGGCAUUAGUUUGCAGGAGCCUACACGCUAUCCCGCAGCGGCACGUCCGGCAGAAGUUGCACAAAUUCCCGCCAGGACUGGAUGCGCUUUACGCGCGCAUGAUGGUUCAAAUCGAAGAGUCGGACGAUGUCGAGUACUGCAAGGCCGUGCUAGCUACUGUCGCACUCGCACUCCGACCUCUCACGCUGCCAGAGCUCGGUCUUAUUGCUGACCUACCGGAAGAGAUAUCCUAUAGCAUCGAAGAUAUAGCAGACAUCGCGCGUCGCUCUGGGUGCUUUCUCACGAUGCGAGGUGACAUACGGGAAGACAGGGUGGUCUCCUUUGUACACCAAUCAGCCAAGGACUAUAUCAUUGAACAAGCUAGGAACUCUAUCUUCCCAGCUGGGAUGUCGGAAGAACACGCGCGGGUCGCCCAGAAGUGCAUUCAGCGGAUGUGUGAGCCUGGCGGUCUACAAAAAGAUAUUUGCAGAGUUCGGAAACCAGGCAUACGACGCACCGACUUCGACUCAGCAGAGAUUGCGAAAAGGAUGCCGGCUAGAGUGACUUAUACUUCUAGCUUUUGGGCCGAACACUUCAUUGCGAGUAGAGAAACUUUACAUGACGAUGAAUACGUGCAUCGAUUCCUACAACAGUAUUUCCUCUAUUGGUUCGAGGCACUCAGCUGGAUGGGAAAUGCAGCUAGUGCGGUCUUGCAUACCGUGCGACUUCAAGCUCAGGUCGAUGAGAGAGAUCGCGGUCAGCAGACGGCCGCCUUUCUUAACGACGCAUAUCGAUUCGCUUCGAUGAACCGCUAUGUGGCCGAUCUUGCACCUCUACAGCUGUACCUUUCUGCACUUACAUUUACCCCAGUGAACAGCAUUGUCCGGAAGGCUUUCCUACAGCAACGUACGGAUAUGUUUUCUUUGCUGCCUAACGUAUUCCCACACUGGAGCGCAACACUACAGACGCUGACGGGGCAUAUGUACUGGGUCAAGUCGGUCGCAUUCUCGGCGGACGGCACGCGGCUGGCGUCGGGGUCGGACGACCGCACCGUCCGGCUCUGGGACGCGGCGACGGGCGCGCCGCUACAGACGCUCGAGGGGCAUACGGGCUGGGUCACGUCGACGCUGACGGGGCACACGGAGUGGGUCUCGUCGGUCGCAUUCUCGGCGGACGGCACGCGGCUGGCGUCGGGGUCGGACGACCGCACCGUCCGGCUCUGGGACGCGGCGACGGGCGCGCCGCUGCAGACGCUCGAGGGGCACACGGAACACGUUCAGUUCUCAGCGGACAGCACUCUUUUACUGACCGAUUGUGGACGAUUUGCAGUAUCUCAAGAUGUUUCCUAUCAGGAUCAGGAUCACGUGCCACUAGCGCCUGUUCCUCAUACUUUGCAACUACGAGGGGAAUGGAUCCAGUACAAUAGUAACGACAUCCUCUGGUUGCCGCACGACUUCCGGGGAACAUGCUCAGCAGCGUACAGGAAGACGCUUGUUAUUGGGCAACGCUCAGGAGCUGUGUCACUUUUCCGUGCAUCAGACGACAGCCCCGUAGAGCUUAAGUAG